CUUGACAUAAAUGUUGAUGGAAUGGAAAACAGAGACAUUGAAGACAUUUUGGCGGCUGCUGAAGGAGGUGAAGAAGAUAACGAUGAGGAAGUUGGAUGGGGACUUGAAGACUUGGAUCUCCCACCAGAGCUUGACACUCCUAAAGCCUCUACUAAUGCACGUUCUUCGGGUUUUGUGACACCUCCCCAAGGUAUGCCCGUAAGUCAGAUCUGGAGCCAGAAAUCUUCUCUUGCUGCUGAGCAAGCUGCAGCUGGAAGCUUCGACACUGCAAUGCGUCUGCUCCACAGACAGCUUGGUAUAAAGAACUUUACACCUUUGAAAUCGAUGUUUCUUGAUCUGUUCAAUGGCAGCCAUAGCUAUCUGCGUGCUUUUUCUUCAUCUCCUGUUGUUCCACUUGCCAUUGAGCGAGGAUGGAGCGAGUCUUCCAGUCCCAACGUUCGUGACCCACCAGCUCUUGUUUAUGAUUUCUCUCAGCUAGACGAGAAGCUCAAAUCUGGCUACAAAGCCACAACAAGUGGGAAAUUCACUGAGGCUCUCCGUCUCUUCCUUUCUAUCCUCCACACCAUCCCUCUAGUGGUAGUCGAGACAAGAAGAGAAGUCGAUGAGGUUAAGGAACUAAUCGUUAUCGUUAAAGAAUAUGUCCUUGGUCUUCAAAUGGAGCUCAAGAGGAGAGAAAUGAAAGAUGAUCCGGUGAGGCAGCAAGAGCUCGCUGCUUACUUCACUCACUGCAACCUCCAAACACCUCACUUACGGCUCGCGCUGCUUAGUGCAAUGGGCGUCUGCUACAAGGCAAAGAACCUCGCCACUGCUUAUAAUUUCGCAGAAAGGCUGUUGGAAUCAAAGCCAGCGGAGAACCAGGCCAAGAUGGCAAAACAGGUUAAGCAAGCCGCUGAUCGUAACAUGACCGACGCAACCAAGCUUAACUACGACUUCAGAAACCCGUUUGUGAUAUGCGGGUCAACAUAUGUCCCGAUCUACAAAGGACAGAAAGACGUUUCGUGUCCUUACUGCACGGCCCGGUUUGUACCAAGCCAAGAAGGAAACAUAUGCACAGUCUGUGAUCUAGCAGUGAUUGGUGCAGACGCAUCUGGUUUGCUAUGCUCUCCAUCUCAAGUCCGGUGAUCAGUUCAGAUUCAUUAUCAAUACAGAGAUACUUCAUUAACAGAAAUAAGAGUGUUGAGCUUUUCGUUUUGUGAUUGUGGUGUACUUACCAACCAGGUUUGUGGAUUUUUCUCGUUGCAGGUCCUAUUACUUUUUUUUUUUUUUAAGUCUUUGAAAGUUGUUUCUUAUCUUUUAGCAACAACGACACAAGAGUACUUUAGCUUCGUGCUUUAUAUAAUCUUUUUUGAUGCAUAGUAGUCUUUUAAAUC